AUGGUUAUGGCAACUGUCGCUCUUGAGCAAUAUGCCCUUCCUACCAUCAAUUAUGAUCGUAGCUACCACACAAUCCUGAAGGCGAAGCAGCAAUACGCUGAUCACGCCCCCGCCAACAAUGCCGUGAUCACGCCCAAGCAGCUCAUCGGCGAGGCUCUCCGCCGCCGUGUCGAGAGCAUCGACACGGAGUCCUGCGGAGCCGGCGAAGAGGACACCUUCUUCGUUGCCGACCUCGGCGAGGUUUACCGCCAGCACAUGCGCUGGAAGCUCAACUUGCCUCGCGUCAAGCCCUUCUAUGCCGUCAAGUGCAACCCCGACCCCCGCGUCAUCGAGCUCCUGGCUGCCCUCGGCACCGGCUUUGACUGCGCCUCCAAGUGGGAGAUUGACCAGAUCCUCAACAUGGGCCUCGCCCCCGAGCGCAUCAUUUACGCCCAGCCCUGCAAGACCAACUCGUACCUCCGCUACGUCAAGACUCAGGGCGUCAAGCAGAUGACCUUUGACAAUGCCGAUGAGCUCUACAAGAUUGCAAAGCUCUACCCUGGCGCCGAGCUCUUCCUCCGCAUCAUGACCGACGACGAGUCCAGCCUGUGCCGCUUCAGCAUGAAGUUUGGUGCUUCCAAGGAGAUCGCGGGAGAGCUCCUCGCUCUCGCCAAGGACCUGGGUCUCAACGUUGUCGGCGUCAGCUUCCACGUUGGCUCGGGUGCCUCUGACCCCAUGGCCUUCUACAAGGCUGUCCACGACUCGUACCUCGUGUUCGAGCAGGGUCGCGCCUUCGGUUUCAACAUGAAGACGCUCGACAUUGGCGGCGGCUUCUGCGACGACAGUUUCGAAGACAUGGCGGCUGUCCUUCGUGGCGCUCUCGACGAGUACUUCCCUCCCAGCAGCAACGUCAACAUCAUGGCGGAGCCUGGUCGCUACUACGUGUCUUCGGCCUUCACCAUUGCCUGCAACGUCAUUGCCCGUCGCACCGUCGAUGGUCCUACGCCUGCCGACGACAAGAGCUACAUGAUCUAUGUCAACGAUGGUCUCUACGGAAACUUCUCUUCCAUCAUGUUCGACCACCAGCACCCUGUCGCCAAGGUCCUCCGCACCAGCGCGCGUACUCUCUUCGAUCACCCCGCCGCCAACGCCUGCCCCGAAGGCCAGGGAACCCGUUAUUCUGUCUGGGGCCCCACCUGCGACGGCAUUGAUCGCAUCACCGAGAGCAUCUCCUUCGAACACGAACUCGAUGUUGGCGACUGGCUCUACUUUGAGGACAUGGGCGCCUACACCAAGUGCUCUGCCACCAAGUUCAACGGCUUCUCCGACGACCACGACGUUAUUUACGUCUGCAGCGAGCCGGGCGCCCGUGCUCUGCUUGGCCUUUGA